AUGUCUGCACCUUCUAUCCUCGUGAAUUCCGUUUCGGAAAACCUUACGUUGGCCUCGAAGACUCGAUAUUUAGAAAUGUCUGAUGACUCGGACUCUGCAGAAGUCGAGCGCUCAGACGUCGAGUGCUUCAAGGCGCUGCCGGACGACACAGUCGAAGCCAUCGGGUCGACAGAGAGCGCUAUCCGGAAGAUUAUCAGAGAAAACAAAGGAACAGCCGAUGUCGUGAAAUAUAUACGUUUCACAAACGUCCCACCAGAUAUUGUGGACAAGUUUUCUUUGCGCAGUACUCGGCAGAUGUUUAAUCGUAGCACCCGACACAUGAUUAUCAAGCUCUUAACUAGGCCCCAUGAAUCAGCUUCACGCGGCCUAGAAGGUGCAGUGCAAAAUGAGAUCUACAAUAUGGGGCUGGACGAGUCGAUCUGCCCGUUAGGAUCUACAACCACCGAAGGUGUGUUUUGCAGAAAAGAGGCCGACGCAGCUUAUGGUCCUGCCCAGCCUGUUCCAGGUCGCAAUCCAAAAUGGCCGACCGUUGUGGUCGAAGUGGGAGUAUUAGAGUCAUAUCGAAAGCUGCAGGCAGAUGCAGAAUGGUGGCUCACGAACUCGAGGGGAGAUAUAAAGCUUGUGAUUAUCGUGUCUAUCAGUCGAAAGACCCCUAACAUCAAGUUCGAGACUGUUACUUUAGACCCGACCGUGAACUCCUUACGACUGCAGCGGCCUCGCUACGUCCUAAAGAUACGGAAGACCAUUACGGUAUCCCGCGACGCAAACAAACCUAAUUCACAGAUUACUAUCAGGCCACCAGUACCUUUGACCAUCGAGUUUGAAGAAUUAUUUUGUCGUCAACCAGUCCCACCCGAACAUAACAUUGAACUGUCACCUGAUCGGUUAGGACGGAUCUCAAGACUCGUGUGGGGCCAGCAAGGAUUCUAG